AUGGCCUUGGACCAUCAGACCUCGAAGCAGCUGCAAGCCACUUCCAAGAUCGCCCUCUUCGAGCAGGAGAACUUCCAGGGGCGCUGCCAGGAGCUGAACACCCCCUGCCCCAACUUGAAGGAGGCUGGCAUAGACAAAAUCAGCUCCAUCGUGGUGCACUCUGGCCCGUGGGUGGGGUAUGAGCAGGCCCACUUCAAAGGGGAACAGUUCAUCUUCGAGAAGGGGGAGUAUCCCCGCUGGGACUCCUGGACCAGCAGCCGCAGGAGCGACAGCAUCUGCGCCUUGAGGCCCAUCAAAGUGGAUAGCCAGGAGCACAAGAUUGUCCUGUACGAGAAUCCCAGCUUCAGCGGCAAAAAGAUCGAAAUUGUGGAUGACGAUGUGCCCAGCUUCCACGCCUACGGCUACCAGGAGAAGGUGUCCUCCGUGCGCGUGCAGAGUGGCACGUGGGUGGGCUACCAGUACCCCGGCUACCGUGGGUACCAGUGCCUGUUUGAGAAGGGCGACUACAAGGACAACCUCGAGUUUGGAGCCCAGCAGCCUCACAUCCAGUCGGUCCGGCGCAUCCGGGACAUGCAGUGGCACCAGCAGGGCGCCUUCUACCGCACCAGCUAA